AGGACCUCCCCCCACCCAACCACCCCGUGCCUUUCCCUAGGGCCCAGGCUUUCUGGUCCUAGGCUCACGGCAGCUCCUCCAGAAAGGCUUCACCCAGUCACCGGAAUGGCUGAGGUUCCCAACCGCAAGCACCAAGGCAGAAGGGCAAGCAGCACACAAGCCCAGCCACCAGAGCGCCAGUGCAACCAUGGUCCUGGUGAGUGAGUGCCAAGUGCUAGACGACUCAGAGAUUGCCGCCUUCCUGGAAAACUCUAGCUUUCCCUAUGACUACGGAAAAAACGAGAGUGACUCCCCGCCCUGCCCACAGGACUUCAGCCUGAACUUCGACCGGACCUUCUCUCCGGUCCUCUACAGCCUCCUCUUCGUGCUAGGGCUCCUGGGCAAUGGUGUCGUGGCAGCCGUGCUGCUGAGCCAGCGGGCCGCCCUGAGCAGCACUGACACCUUCCUGCUCCACCUGGCCAUGGCUGACGCACUCCUGGUGCUGACGCUCCCGCUCUGGGCAGUGAAUGCUGCUGUCCAGUGGGUCUUUGGCUCUGGCCUCUGCAAAGUGGCAGGAGCCCUCUUCAACAUCAACUUCUACGCAGGGUCCCUCCUGCUGGCCUGCAUCAGCUUUGAUCGCUACCUGAGCAUAGUGCAUGCCACCCAGCUCUACCGCCGGGGGCCCCAGACCCGCGUGGCCCUCACUUGUGUAGUCGUCUGGGGGCUCUGCCUGCUCUUUGCCCUUCCAGACUUCAUCUUCCUCUCGGCCCAACGCGACAACCGCCUCAGUGCCACCGUCUGCCAGCACAACUUCCCACAGUUUGGCCGCACAGCUCUGCGCUUGCUGCAGCUGGUGGCUGGUUUCCUGCUGCCCUUGCUGGUCAUGACCUACUGCUAUGCCCGCAUCCUGGCUGUGCUGCUGAUCUCCAAAGGCAGGCGGCGCCUGCGGGCCAUGCGGGUAGUGGUAGCGGUAGUGGUGGCCUUUGCCCUCUGCUGGACCCCCUAUCACCUAGUGACUAUGGUGGACAUCCUCAUGGACCUGGAGGCCUUGGCCCCCAACUGUAGCCGACAAAGUCAAAUAGAUGUGGCCAAGUCAGUCACCUCAGGCCUGGGCUAUAUGCACUGCUGCCUCAACCCACUGCUCUAUGCCUUUGUGGGGAUCAAGUUCCGAGAGCGUCUGUGGACACUGCUCACUCGUCUGGGCUGCCCCGGCCUCCAGCAGCAGCCGUCAUCUUCCCGCCGAGAUUCUUCCUGGUCUGAGACCACAGAGGCCUCUUAUUCAGGCUUGUGAGACUGGGAUGGGAGUACCCUUCGGCCCAUGCAGACUUCCCCCACCCUCCAGGCUCACUCCUUCCCUCACUGCUAGCCUUGCUCUGGCCCUCUCCAUAGCCCGGCCCCUGGAGCUCCUCGGCAGCUCCAGCACUGCCGGGUCUCCCAGGGAGCUGCCCUCCCAGCCCUGGGGGCCAAGCCACUGCCACUCCUUAGCUGCCCAGCCCCUCCUGCUGCUUCAGGGGUGGAUGCCCAGAGCCCCACUGCCCUUCCAACUCAGCAGCUAGAACUGGGCCUUUCCUACAUGCAGGGAAUCUGAGGCAAACGGUACAGAGGAUUGCCCCACGGGGCUGUGGCCCGGGUCACCAGCUCAGCAACAACUGUGGCAGUGGUUCCCCAGACCUCUGUAUUUGUCCACUUUUAUUUUUUUAUGUCUAAAAUCCUGCUUAACAUUUUUCAAUAAACAAGAUAAUCGGGA